AAAAGAAAGAUAAAAAGUUCACUCUAAAGAUGUCUGUCUAGAGCUGAACACUACUGCUGUUUGUGGAAUCAAAGUAUGUAUCGUGGUAAUGUCAUUUUAUCAAAUGGAUCGGUGGCCUCACCUUAUGGCAUUGUGCCUGGACAGCAGCAACAACAACGGCCUGUCAUGCUAAAUGCUAUGUAUCGUUUUGGACAACAGACUCAACAAGCCACAUACAGGUCACAAGUCCCUCCUCAAGCUGUUUCUGGACAGCCAUUGCGCAUGCCAUCAGUACCUGCAGGUUAUGGUUCGUUACCAUACACAGUGAAGCCAGCCCCUAUAGUACCAACAGUUGCAGUGAGGAGUCAGACCCGGACCCAGUCUCAGCAGUACAGUUCCACAGUCAUUGGAGGUGGUGGUCAAACCCAGCAUUAUUCUGCUGUCAGGAGUCAAACCCAACAGUUUUCUACGGCACCGAAACCUACUCCGAUCUGUGUGAAUCUCCUGAACAACAACGUUGCUGCUGGUGCCCCCUUACAACAAAACGCUGCAGAGAAUGAACAGAUUCGGAGACUGAUCAUUCAGAAGGCGAACAUCCAGCAGAGUCCAGGCAGUAAAACACUUGUAACUAACAAUACCAUUGUUUCAAAUAACACAAUCAUCAGAAACGAUACACAUGAUACGGUCGUGAGGAAUAAUACAUUUGUUGCUAAUAAGACUAUAGUCGCUAACAACACACUUGUGUCUAAUAGUACACUGGUAAAAAAUAUCAAUCUUGUGAACAACUCGCAAAUCGCCGUCGCAAACCUUACAAGUAGGACUCCCAAUCUUCCCCAGCAAGUCAGAUUCGCUAAUCAGUUUAACGCUGAAAUUCUCAAACAAAUUGACGCAAAACGAAAUCAGCUGUUAGCUCAACGAUAUUACAAUUCACAAAGGUUGAAUGCUGUUCAGAACAAUAGCCAAAAAGAAAACGUGAAUUUGGUUCGUCUUCAAACCGAAAAAUAUCAAGGUAGUGACAUCAGAGCAAUUGAAGGAAGAGUCUCGCCCGCAAACUUGGACGGAAGUGUUUCACCUCAUUCCCGUGAAAGAAGCAUUUCACCUUCUGACGCAGAAAAGAAUAAUUCACCUUCUAAAGAAAGUCCCCCUCCAAGUGAUCCUGAACCAGGCUGUUCAACAACUUCUCUUAAAAGAAGCAUUUCCCCUUGUGAGUUUGAAAAAGUUAUUCGAUCUAAAGACAAAGACGAAGAAGAUAUUACAGACAUGGCAUCAAAGGAUUUUGAAAGGUCAUAUAGCAGAGAUUCGAGACCAUAUUCAAGAAACUCAGAUUCAUAUCAGAGUCGGAGUAGUGGUAAAGGAAAGAGACGUGCAGAGUCGCCCCACGAUGAUGAUGCAAAGCGUGUUCGAGGCCUGCAGUGGGGACAGGGUGUGGACAACGAUAUCGCCCAUUACCAGAACCCUGCUUACGCUGGCACUACAAAG